AUGGCUCCGCUCAAGGGCCGGUACAUGACAGCAGUAGACACCCUCAGUCAAGCCAAGGACAGCCUUCACAAUCAGGUUCUGGUGGACAUCCAAGGAGAUCACCAGUGCACCCCGAGUCCAAUGAGGAGAGAGUCAGUUCAUGGGCACCAUGGCUCCCCUCAAGGGCCAGUUCAGCACAGCAGUGGACAGCCUCAGUCAAGCCAAGGACAGCCUUCACAGUCAGGUUCUGGUGGACAUCCAAGGAGAUCACCAGUGCACCCCGAGUCCAGUGAGGGUGAGGAACACUCAGUAGUCUCACAGAGAUAUUCUGGAUCCAGUCACGGUCAUGCUGGGCAUCAACAGAGAGAGUCAGUUCAUGGGCACCAUGGCUCCCCUCAAGGGCCAGUUCAGGACAGCAGUGCACAGCCUCAGUCAAGCCAAGGACAGCCUUCACAGUCAGGUUCUGGUAGACACCCAAGGAGAUCACCAGUGCACCCCGAGUCCAGUGAGGGUGAGGAACACUCAGUAGUCUCACAGAGACAUUCUGGAUCCAGUCACAGUCAUGCUGGGCAUCAACAGAGAGAGUCAGUUCAUGGGCACCAUGGCUCCCCUCAAGGGCCGGUUCAGGACAGCAGUAGACACCCUCAGUCCAGCCAAGGACAGCCUUCACAAUCAGGUUCUGGUGGACAUCCAAGGAGAUCACCAGUGCACCCCGAGUCCAGUGAGGGUGAGGAACACUCAGUAGUCUCACAGAGACAUUCUGGAUCCAGUCACAGUCAUGCUGGGCAUCAAGAGAGAGAGUCAGUUCAUGGGCACCAUGGCUCCCCUCAAGGGCCGGUUCAGGACAGCAGUAGACACCCUCAGUCAAGCCAAGGACAGCCUUCACAAUCAGGUUCUGGUGGACAUCCAAGGAGAUCACCAGUGCACCCCGAGUCCAGUGAGGGUGAGGAACACUCAGUAGUCUCACAGAGACAUUCUGGAUCCAGUCACGGUCAUGCUGGGCAUCAACAGAGAGAGUCAGUUCAUGGGCACCAUGGCUCCCCUCAAGGGCCAGUUCAGGACAGCAGUGGACAGCCUCAGUCAAGCCAAGGACAGCCUUCACAGUCAGGUUCUGGUGGACAUCCAAGGAGAUCACCAGUGCACCCCGAGUCCAGUGAGGGUGAGGAACACUCAGUAGUCUCACAGAGACAUUCUGGAUCCAGUCACAGUCAUGCUGGGCAUCAACAGAGAGAGUCAGUUCAUGGGCACCAUGGCUCCCCUCAAGGGCCAGUUCAGGACAGCAGUGGACAGCCUCAGUCAAGCCAAGGACAGCAUUCACAGUCAGGUUCUGGUAGACACCCAAGGAGAUCACCAGUGCACCCCGAGUCCAGUGAGGGUGAGGAACACUCAGUAGUCUCAAAGAGACAUUCUGGAUCCAGUCACAGUCAUGCUGGGCAUCAACAGAGAGAGUCAGUUCAUGGGCACCAUGGCUCCCCUCAAGGGCCGGUUCAGGACAGCAGUAGACACCCUCAGUCAAGCCAAGGACAGCCUUCACAGUCAGGUUCUGGUGGACAUCCAAGGAGAUCACCAGUGCACCCCGAGUCCAGUGAGGGUGAGGACCACUCAGUAGUCUCACAGAGACAUUCUGGAUCCAGUCACAGUCAUGCUGGGCAUCAACAGAGAGAGUCAGUUCAUGGGCACCAUGGCUCCCCUCAAGGGCCGGUUCAGGACAGCAGUAGACACCCUCAGUCAAGCCAAGGACAGCCUUCACAGUCAGGUUCUGGUGGACAUCCAAGGAGAUCACCAGUGCACCCCGAGUCCAGUGAGGGUGAGGAACACUCAGUAGUCUCACAGAGACAUUCUGGAUCCAGUCACGGUCAUGCUGGGCAUCAACAGAGAGAGUCAGUUCAUGGGCACCAUGGGUCCCCUCAAGGGCCAGUUCAGGACAGCAGUGGACAGCCUCAGUCAAGCCAAGGACAGCCUUCACAGUCAGGUUCUGGUAGACACUCAAGGAGAUCACCAGUGCACCCCGAGUCCAGUGAGGGUGAGGAACACUCAGUAGUCUCACAGAGACAUUCUGGAUCCAGUCACAGUCAUGCUGGGCAUCAACAGAGAGAGUCAGUUCAUGGGCACCAUGGCUCCCCUCAAGGGCCGGUUCAGGACAGCAGUAGACACCCUCAGUCAAGCCAAGGACAGCCUUCACAGUCAGGUUCUGGUGGACAUCCAAGGAGAUUACCAGUGCACCCCGAGUCCAGUGAGGGUGAGGAACACUCAGUAGUCUCACAGAGACAUUCUGGAUCCAGUCACGGUCAUGCUGGGCAUCAACAGAGAGAGUCAGUUCAUGGGCACCAUGGCUCCCCUCAAGGGCCAGUUCAGGACAGCAGUGGACAGCCUCAGUCAAGCCAAGGACAGCCUUCACAGUCAGGUUCUGGUAGACACCCAAGGAGAUCACCAGUGCACCCCGAGUCCAGUGAGGGUGAGGAACACUCAGUAGUCUCACAGAGACAUUCUGGAUCCAGUCACAGUCAUGCUGGGCAUCAACAGAGAGAGUCAGUUCAUGGGCACCAUGGCUCCCCUCAAGGGCCAGUUCAGCACAGCAGUGGACAGCCUCAGUCAAGCCAAGGACAGCCUUCACAGUCAGGUUCUGGUAGACACUCAAGGAGAUCACCAGUGCACUCCGAGUCCAGUGAGGGUGAGGAACACUCAGUAGUCUCACAGAGACAUUCUGGAUCCAGUCACAGUCAUGCUGGGCAUCAACAAAGAGAGUCAGUUCAUGGGCACCAUGGCUCCCCUCAAGGGCCGGUUCAGGACAGCAGUAGACACCCUCAGUCAAGCCAAGGACAGCCUUCACAGUCAGGUUCUGGUGGACAUCCAAGGAGAUCACCAGUGCACCCCGAGUCCAGUGAGGGUGAGGAACACUCAGUAGUCUCACAGAGACAUUCUGGAUCCAGUCACGGUCAUGCUGGGCAUCAACAGAGAGAGUCAGUUCAUGGGCACCAUGGCUCCCCUCAAGGGCCGGUUCAGGACAGCAGUAGACACCCUCAGUCAAGCCAAGGACAGCCUUCACAGUCAGGUUCUGGUGGACAUCCAAGGAGAUCACCAGUGCACCCCGAGUCCAGUGAGGGUGAGGAACACUCAGUAGUCUCACAGAGACAUUCUGGAUCCAGUCACGGUCAUGCUGGGCAUCAACAGAGAGAGUCAGUUCAUGGGCACCAUGGCUCCCCUCAAGGGCCAGUUCAGGACAGCAAGUCAGUUCAGUGGCAUCCAAGGCAUAGCCACAGUAAACAGUCAAUUAGAGUAACUGGCCAUUCUGCAUCAAAACAAUUUCGGUCUCCUAUCCGUGGAAACCGAUAUGAUUCCAGUCAAGGUUGGAUACAUGGUAGCUAUGGUCGUGAAGAGUAUGACUAUGGGCAGUCCGGGUAUGGUCCUUCUGGUGGCAGGGGAACUAGCAGGCCGUAAUCUCAUUCUUUGAAGUCAACAUAUAGAGCCUCAAAUAUUCAAGUCUCAAGAUGUGUGCAGUCUUUCUCUCUUUUUGGUUACAUGGGAUCUAAUGUAAAUGAUGGAUUUGCAGGGCUAGUUUUUAAAUACAGAGAGUCUGAAAUAUGUCCUAAGUAGUAAGUUGAUUAUUACCAUCUUGGGUCUAUUAUCCCUAGAGAGCAUGGGUGUAGUCAUGGCCAUUCUUUGGUUACACCUGAACAUUCAAUGUUCAGUAAUUUUUAAUACUAGUACAGUUAUUAAGGAAAACAACAAAUUACUCAAAACCAGCCACUUGUCCAUGCUGGUUUUCACCAUGUGUAAUACAUAUUAUUUCAGAAUCUUUUAGAAUCCUACUCACUUGGUAAUCAAUCUGGACUCAGCCCUAAUGAAAGGCAAGUAUAUAGCCAUAACCAAUCAAUUGAUAGCUACCAUCUGUCAAGUGACAGCAACAAUAGAAAUCAAGUAUCUUCUUCCAAUAACUCUCCCAUCCUAUACUGUACUGGAACUGAAGAGUGUAUAUAUUUACCAAGGACAACCAUACUGAGUGUGGGAAGACAUGGACAGGAGCCAGGAUCUAACCAAUCAGGGACCAUCAGAAAAUACAAUCAGUUUGUAGAUGACAAAAAAAAGAGAACCAGAGGUACCCAUGAAUUCGGGGAAAUGAAGUCAGAUUCUACCUACUUAGACAGCCACACUCCACUGUAUACAUAUGUUCAUGAACAGAGAUCCUAUUACUUUGAAUGA